AUGUAUCUUCCACGGCAGCUCAUCUCCCACCUAUACCUACAACUCCUCCGAUCCCACCACCCGCUCUCCCCACCAGUCCUGAUUCUCGUGGCUCUCGAACCCGAUGCCCUCUGUGCUUGUCGAAUCCUCACGGCUCUCUUAAAACGCGACUACAUCCCUCAUAAGAUCCAACCCGUUGCAGGAUAUGGUGACCUCACGCGCGCCGGAGAGGAGUUGGUCCGCCCCAUGCAGACCACCAAUGGCGGGAGCGGAGGUGUGGUAAUAUGCCUGGGUGUCGGCGGGCUAGUUGAUCUGGCCGAAAUCCUAGGCAUGAGCCAACCAGAAGAGGAAGAAAUCGAGGAGGAUAUGGGUGGUGUCGAGAUCUGGGUAUUCGACGCGCGCCGACCCUGGAACCUGGCCAAUGUCUUUGGUGGUCAAGCCGGCAUGGGCCAGGCUAUGGCGGAAAUUGAUGUUAACGCACGAAAACGCGGCCGCGGUGUCGACCAAGGUCGCAUCACACCUGCCUACACGUCCAAAAGUGGCGGUAUCAUCGUGUUUGACGACGGCGAUAUUCAAGAGGAACUUGGCGGCGAACGGGACGCAUACUAUGCGCUUCUUGAAAUGCCCGAGGUAGACGACGACGAGAGUGAUGGUGAUGAUGACGAAGAAGAGAGUAUGCCGACAGGCUCUAAAAAGCGCAAGUCGUGGUCGGGUCGGGAAGACGAUGACGUUUCAGACGAGGAGGAUGGCCCCCCGCGCCAACGAAAACGAAGCAAUUCAGGUUCCUCGAUUGUCUCAUCUCCAAGUCGGCGGAGAAAGAGGGAACUAAAUUCCUCAAAUUCCUCACGCUCCGGAACCCCAACUAGCGAUUCGCCCUCGCCAGACGAGCCGAAGCAGUUAUCGGCCCGAUCUCUAAAACGACGCCUGCUUCGUAUGAAACGAAAACACGAUGCGAAAUUGCAGUCUUAUUAUUCCUCUGGAACUUCAUACUCGGAGCCCAUUUCGUCGCUAGUUUACUCGCUAGCAUCUGAACUUGGUCGUGAGGAUAAUGACCUCCUCUGGCUUGGUAUUGUUGGUAUUUCAAGUCUAGAACUAAGCGGUCGAACUAUGACUGGUGUUGGUAUUUCCAAUUCGUCCGAAGAGGGAGGCUCUGCUGGCUGGGGAGGGCAACGUGGAGAGCAUCUUCGCCAAAUUUUCCGAGAUGAAGUUCACCGUUUGAACCCUCCCGAUCCACUUGAGCGUGAUCGAGACAUUAGAGGGGAGAUCAAUGGCGUUAUUCCCACCACUGCCAGGUCACCGACCGAUACAUCUAUUCGACUCUCUCCGGAGCCCCGCUUCCUACUCGUUCGUCACUGGUCGCUGUAUGAGAGUAUGUUGCACAGCCCAUACCUAGCCCCCAGGCUUCACGUCUGGACGGAAAAUGGCAGGAAACGUCUUCACAAACUCCUGGCCAAGAUGGGUAUAAGCCUCACUCAAUGCCAUCAAUAUUACACACACAUGGAUAUGGAAUUGAAGCGGGUACUACGUGGGCGACUCCUCAAGUACGCUCCUAUGUACGGUCUGGACGGACUGGUUCCUGCAGAGCCUACUGGGCAUGCUAGCUCUCGUGAAGGGUGGGGCUUUGUUCGUUGCUGGGGCUGGAAGGCUUGUUUAUCCGCCACAGACGUCGGUGUUAUUAUCGGUGCCAUGCUGGAGGUUGGACCACAUGAGACCUCCGCAUCUUGGGAUGCUAAACGUCUUCCACGGGCCCGAGGCUCCAACGAUGAUGUCGAGAACGGAGGCGGCACUGGCGAAUCAGACUUGGCCAGCCUUCUUCCUCGAUUCUGGAGUGCAUACGAUGCUCUUUCACUCACAUCCGAAUCGCCUACCUUGCUCAUGGAGGCAUUGCCAUUGGCUCAACAUCUUCACCGUGCUAUUCUUCGCACUGGUACAUCACUACUGUCCAAGCACCAAAUCCGCCAUCUUCGAGCUUUCCGCAUAGCUGUUGUCAAAGACGGCCCUGACGUCAAGCUUUUCACCAACCCCGGUGCCUUGACAAAGCUCGCAUUGUGGAUCGCCGAGGCCAUCCGUGUCCAAGAGCGAGAGAAGGGCGAUUCUAUCAAGAUCGGCCGGAAACGCGCGGCGGGUACACCUCUCGUCCUUGCAGGCCUAGAUGAAGACCGUGACCUCUAUGUUGUUGUGGGAACUGGUGGCGGUGGAGGUGUAAUUGACUAUGCUGCCAUGUCUAAGCGCCGAGAGGAGCGCGGUAAAAAGAAGGAAGCCAGGGAUAAGAAGCAACAGGAGCGAUCAUCUCGUCGGGCACAGCGCGCAGCUGAGCGUGCUGAACGAGAAGACGAUGAUGAAGCCGAAGACGAAGAAUCCGACGAGUCUGAAUCUUCGUCCGAAUCAGAGUCCGAGGACGAGGAUCCAGGUACAAAGAAGCACCUUUUGCGGAACAGGUUUGGCAUUGCCUUCCAAGAGGUGGUCCAAGAGACCAACGCUCGAGUCCGUAUCGACAGCUUCGACCACUGUGUUGUCGAAGUCCAAAAGGAUGACCUGGGUGGCUUCCUGGAAGCGUUGAGCUUCCGCAGUGUGGUGGGCUAG